UAUAGGUUUAAAGGAAGCACCAAUCGCAAAGGUUACCUAACAGAAUUCUGUGAGCUCCAUGGAAGUGAGUAUAUGGAAAUGCUCAUGCACGUUUCUGUUCGAUGGUUGAGCCUGGAGAAGUGUUUGACUCGUAUCCUGCAGCAGUAUGAGCCACUGGCCAGCUACUUCAAGUCAUUAAAUGACAAACAGCCAAGGUUCAGGAGGCUUGUGGAGGCAUUCUCUGACUCAAUUACAGAGGUGUACCUACUGUUCUUUCAAGCAACUUUUCCAGUCUUCUCCACAUUCAACCUCCUCCUCCAGAGAGAGAAGUCGUCAAUCUUCCUACUACAUGAUGAGAUGAGGGGUUUUAUCCGCAAGCUGCUCUCAAAGUUUCUGAAGCCCGCAGCAUUGCAGCACCGGGAACUGCAUGAAAUAUGCUUUAAGGAGCCAUCCAACCAACUGCCAGGAGAAAAGUUGGUGAUUGGCUUCACUACUCGAGUUACACUCAACAGGCUCCUUGAAGCAGGAGCCAUUACACCGCAGCAAGUGCAGAGGUUCCAGAAGGCAGCAGUGGCGUUUCUGGAAAGGGCUGUGGAGUAUGCCAUCAAGAAACUCCCCAUGAAAGAGCCUCUGAUUAAACAUGCCAUGUUUCUGGAUGUCCAGCAGAGAGCAGAGUGUGGAGUGGAAGAUGCCUUCUACUUUGUCAAGUUGGGCUAUCAAGUAAAGUACAUUUUAUCUAUAGUGCCAAAUCCUAACACAAGUUAUCUCAAUAUGCUUUGCAAGUAG